AAAUAGUAAAUACAAUACAAAUGCGUUACUUAUAUGAGUGGAGAGUAGGUUAUGUUUUAUAAGGUAACGUGAAUUGCACGACAGACCAACCUAUAUUAGAAUUGUUAUGAACUAUUGCUCAUUAACUGUUUAACAGUUUCGUCAAUGUGUGACUAAUACUGUUGUUUAUAACCAUAGAAAUAAAUUUGUUUAAAUUGUGAAAAUAGUAACAUAAUCCAAUCAAGCCCAAAAAAUGUCGAACGGUAGUGACGUGCAUGCAAUGUUUGUCUAUUCAAAACGACUUGAAACUUUCCUUGGUUGGCCUUAUGUGAGCAAGGAUGGUGCGAAGUGUGUUGCAGAAAAGAUGGCAGCUACAGGGUUUUUCAGACCUAACCCUGAAAGUGAACCUGACCUUGCUCGGUGUUUUAUGUGUAAGAAAGAGAUGGAGGGCUGGGAACCGAAUGAUGAUCCUCAUGACGAACAUCGCAUGCAUAGCUCAAAAUGUCCAUUCCUUCAUGACAAAGGAAAGGAUCUUUUAGACAUAACAAUUGCAGAUGAUAUUAAACUAUUUUACGUUAAAGAAAUUCAGUCUGCAUUAAAAGCUUCGGAAAAAUUUCUGGCAGAAUUUAAUCAGAAACAUGAAACUUGUUGUGAUGAGUUAAAAAACUAAAGGGUUAAAUCCCUUACAUUGGCUAGGUUAUUAUUGGUAAAAAUUGCCAUCUGUUAACGUGUUUAUUACAUCGCAAGAUAUUACAUCACUUACAUACCAGUGUCUACAGCAGUGGUUAACUUUUUGAAGAACGCCACUUAUUGAAAAUUCCAACAAAACUUGUGUGCAAGAAAUUGUAGUACUGAUUUUUUUUCCUGCCACAGCGCCCCAGCAUGCUGCAUAACAAGUUACAACUGACAACAGGGAAUUUUUUAUUUCAUACAAUUAUGGUGGUAUUUGCCAUAUUUGGUAAUAAAAAUAAUCGACAUGGAUAUUCCCAAAACCACAAGUCUCACACGCCCCCAGUUAAGAACCAAUAGGAAUGAUAUACAAGAAAUAUAUAUAAUGCGAUAUGAUUGUCUGUAUUUUUUGUAACAUGAUAUUUCUUUGAUAGACCAACAAAGAGAAAUAAAUAAAUAUAUAUUGUUUACGAAAUCUGUUGUAUUAAAGAAGUUCUACAUUUUGUAAAAUUAUUUGUAUUAUA